ACUGGUUCUUAAAGCCAUGGAGCACAAUACUGUGGGAAGUUGACAGUAGGCAGAAGUAGACAGACCUCGUCGGGGUUUUGUUUAAACAGCAGUCAUUCGCUGUUUGGGUCACUGGUCUGCAGCGUGAAGUUUUUGAAAAAAGUGCGAUCUGGUGGUUAUUAGACUUCCUGUCUGAACUCACAAGUCCGUCACGCGUCACGAAAAUGAGAAACUUUUACUCCUAAAGGAGCCAGUGAAUGCUUCACUGCUGGAUUAAAUCUCUCUAUCUGUUUAAUGAGAAGAUCACCGAGAUCUUACUCCCUCACUGCUGUAGCUGCACGGAUUCUGCGUUCAGGAUGAACACUGUGUGCUUGAUCACAGUAGCUGGUUUGUUCCUGGCCUCCCUCGGGUCGUCUGCACCUCUUCAUGAUGAUGUGGACAUGGCUGACUUAAUGGCUGUAAACACACUGGAUGGAUUUAAAGUUCACUUUAGCUGGCGCAACAUUAGCUGUCCGGUGUGUAAAGCUAUCUUCACCGUGGUGGACAUUGCCCUUUUGAGUGACACGAACAUGGAGCAUGUGGCUCGAGCAGUAGGAGAAGCCUGUGUCCAUUUGCACUUGGCAGACGAAAAUGUGUGCCGGGAAAUUACGGAGCUCUUCCGUGAUGACUUCAUUCGUGCCCUCCAGGAGUCUCUGCUCUGGCCCUCAGAGGCCUGUGCCUUACUCGUGGGACCCUCAUGUGGCCAUUUUGACAUCUAUGCCCCCUGGAACAUCACCCUGCCCCGUGUUCCCAAACCUCCAGUGAUCCCUCCCCCUAUACCCAAACCUGGCUCACCUCAAAGCAGGGUGCUCUUCCUCACUGAUAUCCACUGGGAUGCAGAGUACUCAGAGGGCAGCGCGGCCGACUGCAAACAGCCAUUGUGCUGCCGGGACGAGUCUGGUAGAGCCAACUGGAGGCACCGUGCUGCAGGUCACUGGGGUACCUACAGCAAGUGUGACCUCCCAUUGCGUACAGUAGAAAACCUCCUGCAGAAUAUAGCCAAGGCGGGACCCUGGGACUGGGUCUACUGGACUGGGGACAUCCCUGCGCACAAUGUGUGGUCCCAAACGAGGGCACAGCAGCUGAAUGAGCUGACCACCAUCUCCAGGCUCAUCAGGAAGUACCUUGGACCUGACGUUACCGUGUACCCAGCCGUGGGCAACCACGAGAGCACACCAGUCAACAGCUUUCCUCCUCCAUUUGUACAUGGGAAUCGCUCCUCCCGAUGGCUGUAUGACACCAUGGCAGAAGAAUGGGCUCCCUGGCUGCCUGCUCAAGCUCUGGUGACUCUGCGCCGAGGAGGUUUCUACACGGCCCAGGUGCAGCCAGGUCUGAGGGUUGCGUCGCUGAAUAUGAAUUUCUGUGCGAGGGAGAACUACUGGCUGAUGGUGAACUCCACAGACCCAGCGGACCAGCUCCAGUGGCUCGUACACAUCCUGCAGGAGGCUGAGAACAAGGGAGAAAAGGUGCACAUUAUUGGCCACAUCCCCCCUGGACUCUGUCUGAGCAGCUGGAGCUGGAACUACUAUCACAUAGUCAACAGGUAUGAGAGCACUAUAACAGGACAGUUUUUUGGACACACACACUUUGAUGAAUUUCAGAUGUUUUUUGAUGAAGAGACAAUGACCCGAGCAGUGGGGGUGGCUUACAUUGCUCCAAGCGUAACCACUUACGUUAACCUGAAUCCAGGCUACCGUGUAUAUUAUAUUGAUGGUAACUACCCCAACAGCACUCGUCUGGUCCUGGAUCAUGAGACCUUUAUCCUCAACCUCACCUUGGCAAAUGGUUUUCAAAAUAACUCCUCAUGGUUGCCCAAACCUGACCCGGACCCAGCGUGGACAUUGCUGUACCGGGCCUCUCAGGCCUACGGUGUUCCUGCAUUGUUCCCUGCUGACUGGGAUGCUCUGGUCCGAACCUUCUUUACCAAUGACCGCAUCUUCCAACAAUUCUGGUACUUUAUGCACAAAGGCCAUGUGUCGGAGCCCUGCAAGGAUGUGUGUAAGAGCACGCUGAUCUGCUACUUGCGCAGUGGCCGUUAUGACCUGCUAGAACAGUGUGAUCGCAUUGAUGGAGUCAAGAAGCUGAGGGGACGUUCUCUGAGAAAGACUCUCUGCUGAUCAAGUUAGACACUUGCUGAAGUUAAGAAUUCCAAAGCUAGUGUAAACGAGGCCACUUAUCACUAGUGAUUUCUCAGAAUUGGGCAUGUUUCGGUGUUGUUUUUAAAAGUGGGAAUUUCAAUGAGCCGUGUUUUCGGGGUUUCUGUAAUGUGUAAAUAUGCACAUUGUGAUUAUGCUGUUUGUUAUCCAAAGAUCAGCCUGUUUGGAAUCACUGCAUACAAUUUCAUAAUUACUUUACUAAUGCUUGGCACUGACUACUAAUUACAGCUAAAAGUCAUUGUGUGUUUGGAUGAAAUGCCGUGGGUUUUGUGGUAGAGAGAGAGACGUAUUUCUGGUUAGCUAAUAUUGUAGUUAGUGACAGUGCUGUGCAACAAUGAAAUGACAUUAAAAUACAAAAUCCAUUACCUUAAAUGAAGGAAAACUAGAAUGCACACAUAGUCAUGCUAAAACCUCAUGAUAUAAAGGUCAUGGUAUCGAAACUGCACUUGUAUGUACUUUACCAGCUACCUUUGUAGACUUCCUGCUUGUUUCAUAAUGGAGUGGAGUGAUAUGAUUUAGCCUCAGCACCACUGAUUUUAUCAGUGUUUCCACUAUAUUUACUGGGACUGAUUUCAUGUCAAACCAUUGAUUUUCAAAGCUAUAAUGUAAACUUUUCAGUGUACACAGU